ACAACAUAAUUCCUUCAAUCCUACCCUACCCCCUUAACCAUCUUCCCAAAAUCCUUCCCCAUUUCCAUAAUCCCCAUAUAACAAACACACCCACCAACCCCUCAAAACACUAGGGUUUUCAUCAACAAUCCUCAACACCCUCUCAACUUAUCAGUCUUCCACCAACAAUCUUUAAACAAAAAAACCCUAAUUUACCAAGAAAAUGGCGAACUCAAUCUCAUUCGGGUCAAGCCCGGUACUUUCCCCCUUCCCGGACCCUACCAGAUCACGAAUUGCAAACCCUUUUCACCGCAGACCUCAAUUUGGGAGUUUUUCAAAGAACCCUAAACCCUUGUUAAUUGGUAGAACCCUAACGGUGGCCCGGUUCGGGCUGGGUCAUGUCCAGUUUCCUGACCCGGAAAACUUUAGGGAGUUGAUUGAUAGAGCUGAAGGGGUUCUUUAUACGAUUGCUGAUGCUGUUGUUGCUGCUAAUCCUGACUCUGGGGUUACUACUAAUGCUGGUGCCAAACAGAGUAGUGAUUGGCUGUCUGGGAUUAGUAAUUAUAUGGAAACUGUUCUUAAGUUUUUGAAAGACGGGCUCUCUACGCUCCAUGUUCCAUAUGCAUACGGCUUUGCCAUUAUACUUUUGACAGUUCUUGUUAAGGCUGCAACAUUUCCUUUGUCAAAGAAGCAGGUGGAAUCUGCAAUGGCCAUGCGAUCUUUGCAACCACAAAUAAAAGCUAUUCAGGAACGGUAUGCUGGUGAUCAGGAGCGGCUUCAGCUUGAAACUGCGAGAUUAUACAAACUGGCGGGAAUAAAUCCUUUGGCAGGAUGCCUACCAACCCUAGCCACAAUACCUGUAUGGAUUGGUCUUUAUAGAGCCCUUUCAAAUGUUGCGGAUGAGGGGCUUUUGGCCGAAGGGUUUUUCUGGAUACCAUCUCUUGCGGGUCCCACAACAAUUGCAGCACGCCAGAGUGGCAGUGGAAUAUCUUGGCUUUUUCCUUUUGUGGAUGGUCAUCCUCCACUUGGAUGGUCAGAUACGUUCGCGUAUCUUGUGUUGCCCGUGCUCCUUGUAUUAUCUCAGUACAUAUCUGUGCAGAUCAUGCAGUCAUCACAGCCACAGAGCAACGAUCCGAAUAUGAAGACUUCUCAAACGAUAACCAAAUUUCUGCCGUUGAUGAUUGGUUAUUUUGCACUUUCAGUGCCUUCUGGGCUAAGCCUUUACUGGCUUACAAACAAUAUAUUAAGUUCAGCACAACAAAUAUGGCUUCAAAAGAUGGGGGGUGCUAAUAAUCUAGCAAAAAAAAUUAACUUUGAAAUGCUCAAGGAAGAUCCGCCCAAAGUUCAGGAAUCUGUGUUUCAAACUACGUCGGUUAAAGAACCACCCAAAAUAGAAAAACCUGAUUCACAAGGGUAUCGUCCUGGUGAGAGAUUUAAACAACUAAAAGAACAAGAAGCUAGGAGGAAACAGCAAAAAGAGGCAGAAAAAGCUAAAGAGGCUUCAUUGACAAAUGAAGCUGUUAGGGGAGACGUAAAAGUUGACCACGAACUUAAAGCCGAUUCUAUGAAUUCCGUUAAUGGAGAUCCUUCAUCUUCGGAUUCCAGUCAAGUCGAUAAAACCAUGAUUUCUAAAAUUGAAAAUGGCGAAGAUUCGGUUUUGUAUAAUAGCAGAAGAGAUCAACAGCAGCAUCUUGAUGAAAAUCUUGAAAAGGAAAAAACCGCCACGUGUACCACAGAAAACAAAAGCGCAACCAAAGAUGAACAAGAAGAAUGAUCAUGAACAACCAAGCAAGAAAAAAACAUUGCGGGAGUACAAAAGAACUUGGUUUAGGUUCAUGAACACAUGGUCGGUCAUGCACACGCACCGUCAGGUUCGUUUCGAUUAUACAAAAGAUAAGGUGUAGAUACGUUUAGAGGGGGUCGGAUAAAAUGAUGUGGAAUAUUUGUUUCUAUAAUCAAGUUUCCAGGAUAUAUAGGCGGUGAAAACUUAGAAUUCGGGUUUAAAAUUUGUCCCGAUAUUUGUUUAGACUUUAUUUAUACCAUUUUUCGUGUUCCUCUUAUAUCCUUAACUACGUUAAUGACAAAAAGUUAUACUUCA